GAAAAUGCCCAUGCCAAAAUAGUCCGACCCAUUUGUCACCAUUUUAAUUAAUUACUAAUUUAUAAAAAGUGUUUCUGGUGUCGCCGGAGUUUUCUGUGGGCUUCAUCUGACAGAGGAGGAAGAAGCGGAAGAGAAAGACGCCGAGACGACAGCGGAAGGAGGAGGAGGAAAGAGAGGAACCACCACGGCGGCGGAGGUGGGCGGUGGGCGGAAGAGGAAAACGAGGAUGGGAGUGGAUUACUACAAGGUUCUACAGGUUGACCGCGGAGCCAAGGAAGAUGAUUUGAAGAAAGCGUAUCGUAAGUUGGCGAUGAAAUGGCACCCUGAUAAGAACCCUAAUAGCAAGAAGGAAGCCGAAGCUAAAUUCAAGCAAAUCUCCGAAGCAUACGAUGUUCUAAGUGAUCCACAAAAGAGGGCAAUUUACGAUCAGUACGGAGAGGAAGGUCUGAAGGGGCAGGUACCUCCGCCAGGAGCGGCGCCGCAUGGCGGGUUUGGACAGGAUGCUGGUUCGGGUGCUUUUCGGUUCAAUCCGCGAAGCGCAGAUGAUAUAUUCUCUGAGUUUUUCGGGUUCUCGAGUCCCUUCAAUGGGAUGGGGGACAUGGGAGGUAGCUCAAGAGCUGGACCUUCAGGGUUUCCCAGGGGUAUGUUUGGGGAUGAUAUCUUCUCCUCCUUCAGGACUGCCGCCGGGGAGACGUCUGGUAUUCCACGGAAAGGGGCUGCUAUAGAGCGGACAUUGCCGUGUAGUUUGGAGGAAUUGUAUAAGGGCACCACCAAAAAGAUGAAGAUUUCGAGGGACAUUAUUGAUCACAAUGGGAGACCAUCGACGCUAGAGGAAAUUCUUACAAUAGAGAUCAAGCCAGGUUGGAAGAAAGGAACCAAAAUCACAUUUCCAGAGAAAGGCAACGAGCAACGCGGGGUGAUACCAUCCGACCUGGUGUUCAUCAUCGACGAGAAGCCUCACCCAGUAUACAAGAGAGAUGGCAAUGACCUAGUAAUCACUCAGAAGAUCUCUCUAGUGGAAGCACUCACCGGUUACACGGCACAGGUGACGACCCUCGAUGGAAGGGCUCUCACUGUCCCCAUCAAUGCCAUCAUAAGCCCAACCUAUGAAGAGUUUGUUAAAGGUGAAGGGAUGCCCAUCCCAAAAGAGCCUUCCAGGCGUGGGGCAUUGAAAAUCAAGUUCAAUAUCAAGUUCCCCAGCAAGCUGACAGCAGAGCAGAAAACUGGUCUUAAGCGGUUAAUCUCAUAGAGAGAAAGAUCUUUGCUCCUAAAUAGAUGGUCGUGGCUUCCGUACCAUCUCUUCCAGACUUGUGUAAACUUGGCAUAUUUAUUUUUCAUCCCCGGGAAGGAAGCUUAGCAUUCCUGGAACUGGGAAUCAUGUUACAUCAGUUUCUGCUAGAUUUGGAAAGUCUUGUUUUUUUAGUGGUUCAUCCUUAGAAUGCCUCUCUUCUUCUUCUUCUUCAGGUAACCUUUCAGUGUCAAUUUGUUUUUUGCCACCGACACUGUUGAUUUCUAAAUUAAUUGGUUUCACUUUGCUUCUUGAUGUCUCUGUUCACGCCCUGUAAACAUGUUUGAAUCGUCAGCUCGUGCUGGCCCCUCCUUGUCUUUUGUUGUGGGGAUAAAUAAUGAGAUGUGCUAUUUGCCACUCUGAAAA